AGCAAUUUGGCUCAAAGUGUGGCGCCAGCAGCUAUACAGGGGAGGAACGACUUUGCUGUGCAAAACGCACCCGAGGAGUGUCCUUUGUGAGAAGUGCCAUGGAGACCAUCGUGACACAGAAGGAGCUGCUUUUUGCUGCUGAACAAGGCUACUUCAUUGAAGAUGAGAGUGUGGAAACCGGUCCACAAGCUUCUGAAGAUGCCAAGAAGGAGAUCCUGGGUGACGUCGAAUUGCUGUCCGAGGAUCAGAAGAGCAGCAUGCUGGCAUUGAAGGAGCCGGCAAAGUACAACACCAUGAAGUUGAAGCGCGUGAGUUUGAGCUUCAGCGGCGCAUCGGUCUUUUUUUUCACCCCCUAUCGGGCGGACGGGACCCCGAUGCCGGCCUCCGUGAUGAAGUUCGACUCCAAAGAAUGCGUGGAGGAUGAGGUGGCCAAGACAGAGAAGUAUCGUGGGCUAUUUGGAUCCACGACUCCUCAGGUGAAAGAUUUGAUUUUGGUGGACAAGGAAGGGCCUUGCUCCAUCAUGCAGAUCGACCUCUGCGGCGGUGUCUUCGGUCUGCCGGAGUUCGCGAAGGCGCCGCCGGUGCAGACCUUAGCCUCGAUCCUGGAGGUGGAGUUGGAGAGUCCCUCGCACCAGGUGGAGGUGAUUCCGAUCAUCAACGAAGCAUUGGAGAGGCGUAUGUUUCAUUUCACCAUGUCUGCUCGAAAGAUCAAGACCUUGUCGCUGGCGAACACCUACAAAUUGGUGAGAUUCGUUGGACACGGCAUCCUGAAUCGAGCAAAGGAAGGAGCGAAACGUGGGGCCAAGAACCCUGCCUUGGCGGCGGGCUUUCAGCGACCCGUCGAGAUCGAUGAAUUGGACCCUGAUGGUCACAUGAUCCAAGAACUCUGCGGCCGAAAGCAGACCGUCCGGGACUUGUUCCAGAAGUUCGCAGAUAUGGAGCAGAGCUUGUCCGAGAUCCAACGCAAGGUGGUUGUAGGACUCUCGCAUAACGACCUGCACGGUGGUAAUCUGCUGGUGGACAGUCAGGGUCUGGUCUGGCUCAUUGACUUUGCCACGGUGAAAGAGGAUCAGCAUGUGCUCAUGGAUUUGACCAAGUUCCUGUCAGCCUGCACUUUCAUGUACUUGCAAGACAAGGUCAACGAGAAGCACGUGAAGUCCUUGGCCAAGAUGCUGAGCUGCACGCCGGACGCCACGACCGACUUGCCAUUGGCCUUUCUGAGCGACGCCAGCGAGGAUCCCAUCGCCAUUUUCUUCUUUCGCAUCAUCUCACGUUUGCGCUUCUGCAUGUGCGUCUACGAGAGCGGGCCCGGCUCGCCGGAGAACGACGGGCUGCCCUUUGCCAUCGCACUCUUCUCAUGGUCGGCACGAAUGCUGUCCUACUCCGAGCCUUCGUUGUAUCAGAAGACGCGAGCCUUGUACUGGUCCAUUGCUGGGAUGCAGCGUCUCCUGUGGUCCAUCGGUCACGACGUGGGCCCCACGGCCACGAAAUGGAUCGAGGAGAAUCGCUCCCUCUGGGAGGGCCAAAAGGGGAGGCGAUUGAGUAGCUCGGUCGCCACGGACAAGCAAGCGGUCGCCGCCUACCAGUUUGAGCUUGAGCUCCCGACGUACCUUUCUCAAGCCGGAGCAUCAGAGGCGUGGUCUUCAGACAUUUUGACCCGCGAGAAGGUGAAUGUGAGUGAAUCCUGCGUGCCGUUGACAAGCAAGUUUGAUGGACGGCUGAACACGCGAUCUCACAGUCUGUCUGCGAAGGCGGAGCAGCUGCUGAACAGCUUCAAGCCGGUCUUCAAGGCCUUUGCUCCCGCCCUGCUUGAGCAAGACCUUUUCAGUGGGCGACUCCUCAUUGUUGGAGAUGCAGGCUCUGGGAAGUCGGUGCUCACGAAGCAGAUCUUCGCCACGCUGGCACAGGACCAGGUGAAGGCGUGUCAAGCCCUGCACGACCUUCCGAAGGUCAAGGACGACGACGGCCGGGACAUGAUGCCGAAGUUGAAUGUGGCUUUUCUUCCGGUGCGUGUGCCCUUGGUGGAUUUGAGCCGGCAAUUGGAAGAGACGCCGGAGGAUGAGAUCAGCUUGGAAGCAGAUGUGAUCAGCGAUUUGCUCAACACUUUUGUUGCCAAGAAGUAUGGCCAGGAUUCCAACCUCCUGAUGCUCGUACAGGACAUGCGCAACGCUGCAAUGCCGGACUUCGAGGAUGAAGAGGUGGCUUUCGGACUCGUCUUGUUGCUGGAUGGCUUGGAUGAAGCUUCUUCCAGGCGCUUGAUGGUCUUGGAUUACAUCAAGUCCUUGUUGGCGCAUGAGCAGAACCACUUCCCGAUCCUUACUUCCAGACCAGGUGUCCUGGCGUCCGUGGAGAACGAACGCUUGGGGUCUGAAGGCUAUAUCUCGGUAUCCUUAACGCGCCUGGCCACGGAGGAUGCGUUGACUUUGGCCAGCAGGACGCUGGAGCGCCUGGGCGAGAGCAAGGACUUUCAGAAGAAGAUUUGCAACAUCCUUGGGAACCCAGGAUAUGCCUCCCUCACAGGCAAUCCGCUUUGCUUGAACUUGCUGACACAUGUCCUUCGGAAGGCGCAAAAGGAUCCGGGCGUCGCGUCAAGCUCCAGCACGACCCUGCUGACGAAGAGCGAGAUUUAUCAAAAAGCAUUCAAGCUGAUGUUGCAUCAAUCCGAUGCUGCGAAGUUUAUGUCUCGCGAUGGUCAAAGCGACACGGAGAUGAUCAAGCACCUUGAGGCCUUAAAGAGUUCCGCUGCCCGAAAACUUUAUCAGCAAAUCAGCUGGCAGGGCCAGUGUUCCCGCAAGCGCGUCUUCACACUGGAAGAGUGUGCCAAGAUCGGUUCCGACGAGAAGCUGAUGGCCUCCUUCUCUCACUGCCUCAAAGAGAGCCGAUUGCCGGUCUUUCAGCAGGUCGAUUCGGGUAAGGGACCUCAGCAAUAUCAGCUGUCCCACUUGUCCUUCCAAGAGGUCUUGGCGGCCGAAUUUGUGGCUGGCGUGAUGCGCUAUUCCAGCACUGCAAACCAAGUCAGGCCCUACUUGAGCUUCUUGACCUCCGAUACGCUGCAAGCCCUGGGCCGCGAGCGCCUGGCCGAGCCCUGGUGGCUGGCCACCUGGAUUGCUGUGGGGGACUUGCUGGAAGAGGAGGAUUUCAGCAAGUGGUGCAGCGUCCUGGCUGAAGAUGAACGCUGCAAGUUGAAGCCGGGGGCAUUGUGCUUUCAGAAGGGCUGUGAACUUGCCAAAGUGAAGUUGGUCCACUUGACGUUGCCUCGGCACUUGAGUGCUGAAGAGGUGGAACUGCGUCGAUUGGGCACCUUCUUCGAAGUGGUUUGGGUCGAUUUGGAAGCCUGCAAAGUUCAGCUUAAACCGCAUUGCCACAACUGGAUGGAGGAAAAACUAAUGAAGAAAUUCUCAGUGGAUAAUGACGUUUUCUUUUCUGGAAAGCCGCUGGACUCGACCAUCAUCUCUUGGCGCGCUGACGGAGUGAACUGCUUGGCGGCCGAGGCAGCACGGAUCGGUUGUUGGUCCUUGGCACAAGGUCUUUCAGCACAUGGGGUUCAUGUGUGCGCUCGCAACAAUCAGCAAAAGAACGUGUACACCAAUGCCCUUCUGAACAGCGAUUGGCAACUCUGUCGUUGGCUUGCGGCACGCCAGGUGCAACUCUUUCCGGGCAUCACGGGGGGGGAUGAUGGAGACAUUUGCAUCCUGGGGCACAGAUGGCACCAUGAAGAGGCGCGGAACGUGCAGAGGCCCUUCCCCUCGUGCAUGCAGUUGGCGGCGCUGAAGCUCAAGCUCACCGGAGUCCUCCGAGAAGCUUUUGAAGGCACUUUGCAGUUUCGUGGAGAUGAGCUGGAUGUCAACUUCUCGGAUAUUAGGAGUGGUGUGAGCCUCUUGAUGCUUGCGGCCGCUGGGUCCCAUCCAAAGCUGGUGGGGGAGCUGCUACAGAAGAGGGCUUGGGUGAACAGCCGCAGCUGUGAAGGUUGCACAGCCUUGAGCUUUGCGUUGGAUUGCACCGGCAAUGACGAGACAGCAAACAGAUGUGUUCAGAUUUUGCUGGAGGCCAAGGCAGAUGUCACGGUGAAGACUGGUGCGACGUACGAUGGCUCUUUCAUGUGCGAGUGGUUUGGCAAGGGCAUCCCCUUGGGAAGUUGUCCGAUCUUUGCCAAGCAUGAGAAGAAGCUGGAGCUUUUGUGCAAUGCCGGCUACGAUAUGACUGCCAGGAGUGACCAUGGUCUCAAUGCGAUGUUCUUUGCGGGUUUCUUCGUGGACGAGGAUGAAGUGGCAUCUCGCUUGGUGGCCAAGGUGAAGGAGUAUGGCCUGAAGUUCACGGAUGACAUGACCGACUACAGGGACCCACAUCGAAACAUCCAGAAAAUCCCCUGGCAUUCGUCGCAUCCUCCGCUCUUGCUGGACCAGCGCUGGCGCUUGGUUCCGCUGUAUUCCAGCAAACAAGUGCUGCAAAUGCAGAUCGAGCAAGGCUGCUCCUGGAAGUCCUGUGCGGAUAAGGCCGUUCCAAAGGGGACCAUUUUCCCUUGGUUCAUCCAGGCCAUGAUGCACCACCCUUCGACCAUGAUUGGCGAUGCAUUCAUGUGGCAUGUGUGGAUGGACAUUGGCCUUGAGCCCUCCUACGGAUUUACACCCAUGGCAAUGUUGGGGACGCCCACAGCAAUCUUCUGGUGCUGUAUCAUGGGAGCGCAAUGGAAUACUUCCAUGUGGUUCGAGAUCUUCAACUCUUAUGCCAAAUGGUACGAAACACCUUUGAAUGACACGAAGCCAAAGUGGUUUAAGGAGUGUAUGACGGUCGUCGGCCUUCUGCCAGCCCUCACCACCGUUUUCAACAAUGCCCGCACAGAUUGGCUGCAAGGGCGCAUGGAUCAGUACCAGCGCCAGCUGGCGGAGCAGAAGAAGAGGUAACCGGAGGAGCCCGAGCUGCUCACAAUUGACCGGGCCGUUCGGCACUCGCUGUAGUUGAGUGUCAGCCAGGAAUUCUGGCGAGGAGGAUGUCCAGACCCUUCAGAUGACCUGGACCGAUGUGCAUCCCUGUUCUCACAUAAUUCGUUUGAGCGCACGGAAGCAAACAGAUCAAUGGAAAAAAACAGGCACAGAGAGUGCCGUUUUCUCGCACGCGCGCAGCUUUUUUGAUCAGGCUGCCUCUUCUUCCAAGUCUGUGAGGUCCGGG